AUGGCCAAGGUCAAGCACGCAAAGCGCGGCAGUGCGUCGAGCACCCCGUACGAACGGCCAUCGAAGGGCGGCGGUCCUGGCGCCAAUGCUGCCGCGAACAAGAACACUGUCUUCAAGUUCAACACCAAUCUCGGCCAGCAUAUUCUAAAGAACCCCGGUGUCGCGGACGCCAUCGUCGAGAAAGCCUUCCUCAAACCGACUGAUGUUUGUCUAGAGAUUGGCAGUGGUUCUGGAAAUUUGACGGUCCGGAUACUGGAGCGUGUGAAGAAAUGCAUCUGCGUUGAACUCGAUCCUCGGAUGGCGGCUGAAGUGACCAAGCGUGUGCAGGGCACACCCGUUCAAAGGAAGUUGGAAGUAUUGUUGGGAGACGCCAUAAAGACAGAGUUGCCACCGUUUGAUGUUUGCAUUUCGAAUACACCCUACCAGAUCUCAAGUCCUCUCGUCUUCAAACUCCUAGCCAUGCCUAACCCACCACGCACUUCAAUCCUCAUGUUCCAGCGCGAGUUCGCGCUCCGUCUCACUGCCCGUCCCGGAGACGCCCUCUACUGCAGGCUGUCCGUCAACGCGCAGUUCUGGGCCAAGAUCACGCACAUCAUGAAGGUCGGCAAGAACAACUUCAGGCCACCCCCGCAGGUCGAGUCCUCAGUGGUCCGGAUCGAGCCCAAGCUGGGCAAGGACCGCCCCAACAUCAGCUGGGACGAGUGGGACGGUCUCCUGCGCGUGUGCUUCGUCAGGAAGAACAAGACUCUCCGCGCCAGCUGGCUCGGCACCAAGGAGGUCCUGGCGAUGGUCGAGAGGAACUACCGCACGUGGUGCGCCAUGAACGGCGUCGCCGUCGACGAUAGCCUGGUGGAGGACAGCCCGGAUGACAUCGAGGUGGAUGAUGCCGGGGACGACGAAGACGGUAACGGCAUGGACGUUGACGAUGAGGAUACCCCGGCCUUUUUCAAGGAGAUGGCUUCGACUGAAGUGGCCAAGACCAAGAGCAAGAGGAAGAAGACCAAGGUGGCAGAGCUCGUGCGUGAGAAGAUCCGCAAAGUCUUGGAGGACGUUACCGAGCUCGCCGAUAAACGAGCUGGGAAGUGUGACGAGAACGACUUUUUACGAUUACUAUUUGCAUUUAACGAGGAAGGGAUUCACUUUUCAUAG